UUCAUGGCCACCGACUCAAAACCCUACGACGACUUCUGCCAGAAGCUCGCUCGCGAACUCCCCGCCGUCGUGGUCUCCGUCAACUACCGCCUCACUCCGGACCAUCGGUAUCCGUGCCAAUACGACGACGCAUUCGACGUCUUGAAAUUCAUGGAGAACGACGGCCACUACUUUGAGGGCGCGAAUCUCAAACAAUGCUUCCUCGCGGGAGACAGCGCGGGUGGAAACAUAGCGCACCACGUGGCGCUCAGAUGUAGCGGACACGUGUUUCAGAAUCUGAAGGUUGUUGGGAUCUUGUCGAUCCAGCCGUUUUUCGGAGGAGAGGAACGGACGGAACCUGAAAGGAGGCUGGUGGGAGUGCCGGUAGUGAAUUUGGAGCGGACGGACUGGAUGUGGAGGGCGUUUUUGCCGGAAGGGUCGGAUCGGGAUCACCCGGCGGCGAACGUGUUCGGACCCAAAUCGGAGGAUAUAUCGGGGUCGGAUUAUCCGGCGACAAUUGUGUUCGUGGGAGGAUUUGAUCCGCUGCAAGAGUGGCAGAAGAGAUACUACGAGGGGUUGAAGAAAAGCGGGAAAGAAGCUGAGCUGGUGUAUUAUCCGAACGCCAUUCAUACUUUCUAUGGUCAUCCGGAGUUAGAAGAGUGUGCUGCUUUUUUUAACAAAGUCAGAGAUUUCGUGCAAUUGCAAAUUGCAAGCAGACAGAAUAUAAAAUAGUAUAUGAUUCAGGAGGAUGAUAUCAUAUAUGAAUAAUCGGGGCCAUCCAUAGCCAUAGUGUGGUUCUGUUUAAGCGGCUAGUUAAUGAUUUUCUUGCAAUUUUAGUCAAAAAUAAUUUAAAGAAAAGAUUCCGAUUACCAUUACAGGUAGCUGUCUCAUAGAAAACCUUUCAUCUCAUGGGCAGUUUGUAAAAGCCUUUCAAUCACUCACAUCACGUGAUGAAAAAGAUAGACACAUAGCUAUAACUAAAGAUCGUCUGACAGGUGAAAAAGAUAGGCAUGCUCGAUGUCGACACACAAGAGAUAUAUGAAAUUAGCAAAUAUUAUAGCUUUUUUAGUGCAAAACAUUA